CUUACACUGCGCUACCCGGCAAACGGUGACCGUCGCCACCGGUCCCUCGACAGCCACCCGAAGGAGAGCCUGGUGGUGCGUGCUGGCGAGUGGGACACGUCCAGCCGGGACCCCGUGUACGCGCACCAGGACCGCGGUGUGCUCCGCCUGCUCACCCACGAGAAGUUCCGUGCUGACACGCUCUUCAACGACGUGGCGCUGCUGAAGCUGACGCAGCCAGUGGAGACCGCGCCGCACAUCAACACGCUCUGCCUGCCCAGCGCCGACGACUACUACAUCGACUACAGCGACUGCAUGGCCACCGGCUGGGGGCAGGAGUCUUUCGACAAUACCGACUACCCCAGCAUUCUGAAGGAGGUGCGGCUGUCCAAGGUGGACCAGGGCCAGUGCCAGAGCCGGAUGCGAGAGACGCGCCUGGGCCGCUGGUUCCGGCUGCACGACACCUUCCUCUGCGCCGGUGGCCACCCUGGCGUCGACACGUGCAAGGGCGACGGGGGCUCGCCGCUCGUGUGCCGCGACCACUCGAAGCGCGAGGAGACCCAUGUUCAGAUCGGCAUCGUCGCAUGGGGCAUCAACUGCGGCCGCGGCGGUAUGCCCGGGGUAUACGCUGACGUCAUCAAGCUGCUGCCAUGGAUUCAGGAGAAGCUGGCUCUGCUCACAGCAGGCCCCUCUGCCGGGUAUUAGGGUCCAGCGUUGCUGGACCGCCCGCGGUGACAGACCGGAUACAAGCCGCUGAGCCGCAAGGCAGAGCCCCCCCCCCCCCCCCCUCAGGCCAGUCCGUCCGCCCGUCCCCGCAGCCCGGCGGCGGACGAUGAGCGCCCGCACCGAUGGCGACGCCAAACAAACAAGCCAAUAUCAGCGUAGUUUGGUCCCCGGCGUGCCCGCCCUCCCCGUCAGGACGAGAGGCAGGCGAUGCCAAAUAGUCUCAGUUGCUGAGAGCCGCCCAAUAACCGGCCACGUUAGCGUGGCGUUACGUCUCUCCGUAAGGCUCGUUUUGUGGCGGAGCUCCGUCAAUAUCCUGGCAAAAUUUUGAUAUGAGCGGCGGGGCACGUUUCUGUAAGCCUUAAUGAAAAUUAAACCUUGGCAUGGGCUGGCGCUGCUCGGAGUUUGGUACGCACUGAAGUGAUAGCUAUUUCAGGUUCUCAGGAAACGAUGGAAGCAACGCGGCGUGUUUUUUCAUGACGUUAUGCUGCCCGCGGCAAAUGAAAUGAAACACAGGUGAAAUACAUCUGAAACGAAAGCA